AGUCGUCAGGACCGCUUCGGCUCUCGGAGUAGGAAGCUUGGGGCGCUGGGCUGGUAAGGACCCGCGGCGGGGCGAAGAUGGAGUCCUUUACCAAUGAUCGGCUUCAGCUUCCAAGGAAUAUGAUCGAAAACAGCAUGUUUGAAGAAGAGCCAGAUGUGGUAGAUUUAGCCAAAGAACCUUGUUUACAUCCUCUGGAACCCGAUGAAGUGGAAUAUGAGCCCCGAGGUUCGAGGCUUCUGGUGCGAGGUCUUGGUGAGCAUGAGAUGGACGAGGAUGAAGAGGAUUAUGAGUCCUCUGCGAAGCUGCUGGGCAUGUCCUUCAUGAACAGAAGCUCAGGCCUGCGGAACAGUGCAGCAGGCUACAGGCAGAGUCCAGAUGGGACUUGUUCAUUACCCUCUGCCAGGACCUUAGUGAUCUGUGUUUUUGUCAUUGUGGUUGCGGUCUCUGUAAUCAUGGUGAUUUAUCUACUGCCUAGAUGUACCUUUACCAAAGAAGGCUGCCACAAAACAAACCAGUCAGCAGAACUCAUCCAGCCAGUUGCUACAAACGGGAAAGUGUUCCCAUGGGCUCAAAUUAGGCUUCCCACUGCCAUUAUUCCUCUAUGCUAUGAACUUAGCCUACAUCCAAACCUAACCUCAAUGACAUUCAGGGGAUCUGUGACAAUUUCACUUCAGGCUCUUCAAGACACACGGGAUAUCAUUCUCCAUAGCACAGGACAUAAUAUUUCAAGAGUGACAUUUAUGUCAGCAGUUUCAAGUCAAGAAAAACAAGUUGAAAUUCUGGAAUAUCCAUAUCAUGAACAAAUCGCCGUUGUUGCCCCGGAACCUCUUCUAACAGGACACAAUUAUACCCUGAAGAUAGAGUAUUCAGCAAAUAUAUCUAACUCUUAUUAUGGGUUUUAUGGCAUCACCUACACAGAUAAAAGUAAUGAGAAAAAGUACUUUGCAGCAACUCAGUUUGAACCUCUGGCAGCAAGAUCUGCUUUUCCUUGUUUUGAUGAACCAGCAUUUAAGGCCACAUUUAUCAUCAAGAUCACAAGGAAUGAGCACCAUACUGCGUUAUCAAAUAUGCCUAAGAAGUCAUCGGUCCCUGCAGAAGAAGGACUUAUUCAAGAUGAGUUUUCUGAAAGUGUGAAAAUGAGCACAUACCUGGUUGCUUUCAUUGUAGGGGAGAUGAGGAACCUGAGUCAGGAUGUAAAUGGAACUCUGGUUUCUGUGUAUGCUGUACCAGAAAAAAUUGGUCAAGUUCACCAUGCCUUGGACACAACUAUAAAGCUUCUUGAGUUUUAUCAAACUUACUUUGAAAUUCAGUACCCACUUAAGAAAUUGGAUUUGGUGGCCAUUCCUGACUUUGAAGCAGGAGCAAUGGAAAACUGGGGCCUGCUUACAUUCCGAGAAGAGACUCUUCUGUAUGACAAUGCAACUUCUUCAGUAGCAGACAGAAAACUGGUCACUAAAAUCAUUGCUCACGAACUGGCACAUCAGUGGUUUGGAAAUCUGGUUACAAUGCAGUGGUGGAAUGACCUGUGGCUAAAUGAAGGCUUUGCCACUUUCAUGGAGUAUUUCUCUGUGGAAAAAAUAUUCAAAGAGCUCAACAGUUAUGAAGACUUCUUAGAUGCUCGAUUUAAAACCAUGAGGAAAGAUUCCUUGAAUUCGUCUCAUCCAAUAUCAUCAUCUGUUCAGUCUUCGGAACAAAUAGAAGAAAUGUUUGAUUCUCUCUCCUAUUUUAAGGGAGCUUCUCUCUUGUUGAUGCUGAAAAGUUACCUUAGUGAAGAUGUAUUUCGGCAUGCUGUCAUUCUUUACCUGCACAAUCACAGCUAUGCAGCUAUCCAAAGUGAUGAUCUCUGGGACAGCUUCAAUGAGGUCACAGACAAAACUCUAGAUGUAAAGAAAAUGAUGAAAACCUGGACCCUACAGAAAGGAUUCCCGUUAGUGACAGUCCAGAGGAAGGGGACUGAGCUUCUUCUACAACAGGAAAGAUUUUUUCUACGCAUGCAACCAGAAAGUCAGCCUUCAGAUACAAGCCACCUUUGGCAUAUUCCAAUAUCCUAUGUCACUGAUGGAAGAAACUAUUCAGAAUAUCGAUCAGUUUCACUACUGGACAAGAAAUCAGAUGUCAUCAAUCUUACAGAACAAGUGCAGUGGGUCAAAGUCAAUUCAAACAUGACUGGCUAUUACAUUGUUCACUAUGCUCAUGAUGACUGGACAGCUCUAAUCAAUCAGUUAAAAAGAAACCCUUAUGUUCUGAGUGACAAAGACCGAGCCAACCUGAUCAAUAACAUCUUUGAACUUGCAGGUCUUGGCAAAGUGCCUCUUCGGAUGGCAUUUGAUUUGAUUGACUAUCUUAAAAAUGAGACCCACACUGCACCGAUCACUGAAGCCCUGUUCCAGACAAACCUUAUCUAUAAUCUCCUAGAAAAACUGGGGCACAUGGACCUGUCCUCAAGAUUGGUGGCCAGAGUACAUAAAUUGCUCCAGAACCAAAUCCAGCAGCAGACUUGGACAGAUGAAGGCACACCAUCCAUGCGAGAGCUUCGGUCAGCCUUGCUGGAAUUUGCCUGUGCCCACAGCCUAGAGAACUGUACCACUAUGGCCACAAAUCUGUUUGACAGUUGGAUGGCAUCAAAUGGAACUCAGAGCCUGCCUACUGAUGUCAUGGUCACUGUGUUCAAGGUGGGAGCGAGAACCGAGAAAGGCUGGUUGUUCCUCUUUAGCAUGUAUUCCUCCAUGGGCUCUGAAGCAGAAAAGAAUAAAAUUCUUGAAGCUCUUGCCAGCUCAGAGGAUGUACAUAAACUUUACUGGUUAAUGAAAAGUAGCCUUGAUGGUGACAUCAUCCGAACACAGAAGUUGUCACUUAUCAUUAGAACAGUGGGCAGACAUUUUCCUGGACACUUGCUGGCUUGGGAUUUUGUUAAAGAAAACUGGAAUAAGCUUGUACAUAAGUUCCAUCUGGGCUCCUAUACCAUACAAAGUAUUGUUGCUGGAUCUACUCACUUAUUUUCAACAAAGACACAUUUAUCUGAGGUCCAGGCAUUCUUUGAAAAUCAGUCAGAGGCAACCUUGAAGCUUCGGUGUGUUCAGGAGGCUUUGGAAGUGAUUCAGCUGAAUAUCCAGUGGAUGGUCAGGAAUCUGAAAACGCUCUCCCAGUGGCUGUAGCACUCACAGCUGAUCUCCGGCGCCCAUGGCUCUGCUGCUUUCGCAAAGGUUGAGUGAAGGCCGGCCUGCUGCUGAGUUGUUUGCACUGUUAGGAGUUCUAGUUAGCUCAGGGCCCAAUUGUAUUUUUCAUAUCUUUUCUGAAAUGUCUUUAGGCAGUAGUUAUUUAUUACAAAAUUAUAUUCACCUGUAUGUCAUCCAUCUACAAUAACAAUGAAUAACUUUUCUUUGACACACAAAUGGAGAAAAAAGUCAGAUUUGAAAUUUUGUUUUAUUUCUUAGUGUCCAGAGUAUUACUGUUACAGUGCAACCAAGGAAGGUCUGCUGUAAGAACCACUGUGUUUGUAGGUUGCUGAUUGAUCAACUGUUUGUUGCUUUUUGUUAAAUAGAUACACCUGGGUUUGGUAGUGCAGUGGCAAAGACAUUGAAGGUACAGCUCUAGACAGAUGACCUGAUUGGGGGUUCUUUAAAAAAAGUUUUGUCCAGUUUCCAGUUUUUUCCUGCAAAAUAGCCAGGUUCUAAAGACUUUUUCAUAUUUCUGUUAAAUUGAACAGCUGAACAGUCAGGCUCAAAGUUUCAGUUUUCCAAAUAUUUAACACUUUCUGCUUCAUCUUCAUGACACUAUGUAGGAAGUGUUCUGAACUGAGUUAACAUUAAUUACUUUACUCAUGAAUUCCAGUACCCCUAACUUUGUAUCCUGGUAAGGCCUUCCACCAGCUUUCUCCUGUAGAGGAGCACUCCAUGCUUGGGAGGAUUUCUCCUGUAGAGGAGCACUCCAUGCCAUGCUUGGGAGGAUUUCUGUGAGCGCUGGUGGCUUUGUCAUUACUUUCACCCAAGAAUGUAAUUUGUUUAAGUUGCUGUUUGAACCUUACAAAUCAUACCCUCUUCUCUGUGAAUCAUACCCAUGUGUGGGUUUUACUUUAUGUUACAGAGUAUAUUAGAAGCAUUUCUUAAAUAGGAUCUUCAAGAAAUUAAAGCUUUUUAUUUUGAAGUUCACCAUAAUACCUUAAAGGAAUAAUGAGAAUGUGGAGCAGGAGGAAGUUGAAAAUAUGGUGGGCUAUGAAUUCUUUUUUUCACUGUUAAAAACAGUGUUUUUAUUUAGUUGAAAAAAUUACAGGUUUUUUGUUUGUUUGUUUGUUUGUUUAUCAUGGCCAAACUACGUUAAACAGAGUGGCCAAGAAUCAAGCAGAGGACAAGGGAGGGAGGGAACCCAGAGCAGAAUGUGGGCGCUUUCACUCCUUCUGAAGGAGAAGGAUUGUACUUGAACUUUUUGAGCUAUGCAGACUUAUUCCUAGAUUGUUGUGUUUCUUUGAAUCUUAGGAGAGAAGCUUUCUUCUUAAUAACUCAUGAGAAGUCUAUAUUUUGUUUGAAAACAGUGUCUGUGUACAUAAAAAGGGAAUCACUCAUUUCUGAACACUGAAAACACUCCACAGAGUCAGACCAUAGAGAGGCCACUUGUUUUUAUUCAGCUGUUGUAAAGUUAGAAUAUGUGGAGUUAUAUACAAAGUUAUAGUUUAUUUUAUGAGAAUAUUUUUAUAUAAUAAAAUUUUAAUGGCUGACAAGCUGAAAAUAGCCUGCUUUAAUCCUAGAGUUUGCUCCCAAUUUCAUCUUUUCUAAACAGUUUUUGGGUUUUUGUUUGUUUGUUUGUUUUUUAAUUUGUGCUUUUUUUAGUAGAAACUGUUAUUCCUGAGAAUCAUAGAAUCAUCUUUCUAUUUUAGUGAAAUAGGUAAUUAUAGAUCUCUAUUCCCCUUGUAUUUUUGGUAAAUGUCUGACAGUUGUGUUGAUACUGAAGGUUAGUAGGGUUUUAUAUUUUUAGAGUGAAGGACAAAUACUCUUGUGGGUUUUGGUUGUCCCUUUUCAUUUUUUACCAUGCUGUAUUACUAGAUUAUACUUUGAUAACAGAGUUUAACUUUUGCUACUUCUCAAGAUCAGUUCAACCUUGAGAUUUACCUGCCCAUCUUUUUGUUGAUCUUAUAGUCUUUGUAAUUCUGCAUAUGGCAAAUCUUGUCCUAAAUAAUACUUUUUUUCC